AAACACAAGCAGGCGGUAGGAGAAUAUAACUGCCUUCAGUUUCAGCAGAUCUGCUCAGGACAGGUGCCUGACCCACACAGUACAGACUGCACUUCAGCCGUGAUGAAGACCCCAUUGUGGACGCUACUGUUGCUUGGACUGUGUAACCCAGUGUGGUGUGACUGCCAGAAAGAUUGCCUGUUCUGCAGCCAACAGCUGCCUAAAGAAUUUGCCUUCACCAAUUUGGUGUGUCUGGUAGAGUGUCAUGGUAAACUUUCUCCAGGCAACUCCUGGGAGCUGUGUCGCAGGACCAUUGUGGAACAGAAACCAAAAGCCUCCUUUCCAAUAGAGGCCGCCAUUCUGAAGAGAGCAGAUGAGGAAACAGACACCUUUCUGCCUGUGGACGAGAACGACCCUCACUACUCUGAAAACCUUAAAAGAUUCGACCAUGUUACACGGGCUGUGGGUGCAGAAGAUCAGGAUCAAGACCAAAAUAUGCAGCUUAGUAAAAAAUACAAGUUCCUACAAGUUCAGUCCACGCAAGAAUCUGAGGAAGAGCAAAAUGAAGACAGCGAGAUGGAGGGCAAUGAGGAAGAGGCGGCUAUCCAACUAAUUAAACGCUUUGGAGGCUUCCUCAAAAACAAGUAUGGCUACAGGAAGUUUAUGGAUCCUCGCAGGUCUUUGCAGAAGAGGUACGGGGGAUUUAUAGGCGUCCGCAAAUCUGCCCGCAAGUGGAACAACCAGAAACGUUUUAGCGAUUUUCUCAAGCAGUAUUUGGGCAUGAGCACUCGAGCUAGCGAGAAUGAAUAAAGCAAAUAAACUUACCCAGCAAACCACUAUAUUAAUGUUCAGUCUAAAUAUAUCAUACACCUUUCUCCUCAAACACACACACACACAAAAUAAAUAAAUGCUACAGGAUUAGCAUUAACUCAGCAUCUGAUAUGUCAAAUAAGAACUACAUUAAUAGAUACUUAAAUGUGCACACGGUAAUGAAAUGACUAGUACUUUUGAAAAAUGUUUAAAAUCAUAUGCACUCUCAUGAGAUGAAGACUAUUUCAGUAGCCUUAUAAAAGAGGUUUUAUUUUACGUGCGGUGGGUCACCUCAUGGGCGCUGCCAUGUUGAGAUCACAUGAGCAGCCUAAUAGCUACUAUUUGCUUUAUAUUGGUAACACCCCUUAUUAUCAGACACUUUAUGCUAGCUGAAUAAAUUCAUUAUAACUGAAUAGUGCAUUUCUAAAAUGGCAUCAGUAACUAAAAACUUUUGCGUGAUGUAGUUCAGGGCCAAAACUCUACUUACACGUACACUUUUUCUAAUCUACAGCUUCUAAGCUCUAAUGAACUUGACUUACAAUGAGUGAUAAAAGGAAUGUUUCGGGUUCAAUAAAUUUUAAACUCAAUCAUUUUUAGCAUAAUGUUGAUUACCACAAAAAAUAAUUUCAACUCAUCCCUCGGUUACAGUAAGGCACUUACAAAGAGUGAAUGCCAUUCCAUAAACGUUAAAAUACUAAGCACUGUUUCAAAAGUAUAGCCACAAUACAUAAACAUUAUACUUGUUAAUAUGAUUUUAGUAUGAUAAAUUACAUGGUUAACCUGCAUUACCUAUGUCGUCAUGGCCACAAAGUUGUAAUAUUGGAUACCUUUACACAGACUAGGUUAGUAAGCAAUAUUAUUAUACUAAAAAUCAUGUUAACAUGCAUAACGUUUACGUCUUGGAGCUAUACUUUUGAAACAGUAUGUAUUUUAAUGUUUACAUUCAAUUCCAAAGCAAGCGCCUUGCUGUAACUGCAAUUCUUUGCUUCUUUUUUUUAAAUACACGAGGGACGAAUCAAAAUUAUAUUUCAUGGUAAUCAACAUUAUGCCACAAAUGGAGUUGUUUGAGUUUAUAGCAAUUGAAAAUUCUCUCAUCAUUUACUCACCCUCAUGCCAUUCUAGACGUAUAUGAUUUUCUUUCUUCUGCUGAACACAAAGAUUUUUAGAAGAAUAUUUCAGCUCUGUAGGUCCAUACAAUGCAAGUGAAUGGCGACCAAAACUUUGAAGCUCCGAAAAGCACAUAAAGGCAGCAUAAAAGUAAUCCAUAAAACUCCAGUGGUUUAAUCCACGUCUUCUGAAGCGAACCAAUCAGUUUUAGGUGAGAACAGACCAAAAUGUAACUCCUUUGUCACUGUACAUUCUGCCAUUGCGGUCUCUUGGCACGAUUAUGAUUUCAAGCCCAAUUACUCUUCCUAGUGCUUGACACAUGUGUAGAACGCUAGAUGGCGCUAGGAAUUGUAAUUGAGCUUGAAAUCAGUUUGGGUGAACUAUCCCAUUAACUUGUAUUGAACACAGAAUAUUCCUUUAAAGUUUGGGGUGGGGGGGAACUAAAAUGUCCAGGUGAGAUUCAUUUCUAAUUCAAUUUCAGACAUCUAUAGAUGGCAUUAAGUGAAACUGUACCUAAUUUCCCUUAUAGUUCAAUCAAUCAUAAAUUGCACAAAGACCAUUUGAGCUCUUCACAAGGUCCAAAUCCAGCUCCUCUACACAACACUGACACUUACUGGUCAAUGAAAACCAUUACAAAUUCAUAGACAGAUUAAGGAAAAUUAAACCAUGUUUGCUAUGCCCCCCUAAAUAAAUAAAGCCAGAUUUCACAUAAACCCUUCCAGCAACAUCUCAUCACUGUAAUAUGCCUAUACAAACAUAACGAAUUCUGUCAGGCACACAUGCACACAGUUUGAUUCCUGAUUGAGUGUUGGAAACCAAAAUGUUUUUAUUUUUUAACUGACAAAGUUGAUUUGUACUUGUGCAUAUGAAAUAAUGUAUUUAUGCAAACAUUGCAAGUUCAUGCUUUCCCCUUUAUUCCAAUCAUAAAAAUUGUGUUCACUAAAUGAACUGUAUAUAGCAACACUGAACUAUGUCAAUAAAAUAGUUUACUAUUUUC